UAAACUUAUUUUAACUAUCCAUUACAUGCUGUAUAUGAAUACCGCAGAACAUCGUUCCAGGUGUAAUAUACACACGGCAGGUUCCAGGCAGUCUAUGUUUCCUACCGGAGGAAUAAGCUGUUGCACAGCCUGUACUGAGGUGCCAAAUACAAUAUUCUGCAAAAAAAAAAAAAGACAAAAUGGAUGAAGAACCAGAGAGAGCCAAACGCUGGGAAGGAGGCUAUGAGAGAACUUGGGAAGUGCUAAAGGAGGAUGAAUCUGGCUCCCUCAAAUCCUCAGUGGAGGCAAUUCUGUACCAGUCAAAAAGGAAAAGGAUGAUUACCAGCCAUAACCAGGUGCGCCUCGGAAUGAUGCGUCACCUGUAUGUGGUAAUUGACUGUUCCCGAAGUAUGGAAGACCAGGACCUAAAACCGAACCGCCUAACCUCUACCCUGAAGCUGAUUGAAAAGUUUGUUGACGAGUAUUUUGACCAAAACCCCAUCAGUCAGAUUGGAUUUAUCACCACAAAAAACAAGAGAGCUGAGAAGCUGACUGAUCUGGCAGGAAACCCAACCAAACACACCACUGCUCUAAAGAAGGCUGUGGACACAGUGUGUGGAGGAGAACCUUCUCUGUACAACUCUUUGAAUCUGGCCAUUCAGUCCCUAAAACACAUGCCAGGACACACUAGUCGUGAGAUCCUCAUCGUUCUCAGCAGUCUGACCACAUGUGACCCAGCAAACAUCUAUGAACUCAUUAAGACUCUGAAGACUCUGAAGAUUCGAGUGUCAGUCAUCGGUCUGUCUGCAGAAGUCAGGGUCUGCACAGUGCUGACCAGAGAGACAGGAGGUCUGUACAACGUCAUUCUGGACGAGAGUCACUACAGAGAGCUGCUGAUGAUGCACGUCAAACCUCCUCCAGCCACUACCUCCUCUGAGUGCUCCUUAAUACGCAUGGGUUUUCCUCAGCACACCGUUUCUGCUGUAAUGGACAGAGAUGCCAAACCUUCUUUCAGCAUGUCUCAUCUGGAUAGCAGCAGCAGCUGUGAUCCAGGUCUGUCUUUGGGAGGUUACUUCUGUCCACAGUGCCACGCCAAAUACACAGAACUUCCUGUGGAGUGUAAAGUGUGUGGUUUGACUCUGGUGUCAGCUCCUCAUCUGGCCAGAUCCUUUCAUCACCUCUUCCCCCUCCAGACCUUUACAGAGACCCCAGUAGAAGAACUUCAGGGAGAAAGGUUCUGUCAGGCAUGUCAGGGAGAACUAAAGGAAAAAAGUAUGUUUACCUGCCCUUCGUGUAAAAAUGUCUACUGUAUGGAGUGUGACCUCUAUAUCCAUGAUGCUCUGCACUUCUGUCCCUGCUGCACACAUGGGGAUGCUGCUCGCUGACUCUGCGAAACCUGUAGUGACUCAGACUGAUGUUUUUAGCAGGGAUUACCAUCUAUGUGGGUUCUUAGCCGUAAUGGCGACAGGUCACACUGUAUUUAGCCAACUUGAUGUGUUUCUGAGUAUCAGUGGGACAGAUGACGCACCAUGUCUGCGUUUGGACCAGUUUGCAUUGUCAACAUUUGUACGUGGACCCUAAAUACCACUCCAGCAAGUUCGACAAAUUGUUGAGAAACAGUGACACCUAACGGUAAAACUGUUGAGCGCAACAAACUGCGCUGCCCACCUCAACCUUUGCAAAAUUGAAAAUAAACUACAGUUAGAUGGAUUGACAGAUACAUUCCUGACUUCCUAAUGAAAAUCAUAAGAUAAGAUUCGGCUUGUUUGUCAAGAUGGCAGCCUCCUCAGUGUUUUUGGGUUACAAAAACAUUUUUGUUCCUUAUUUGUUAACGUUUUCAGAAACCACUGAGAGUACGUAGGAAAUAAAACAGAGUUUUUUUUAACAGAAA